UCGACAAGUCGUCAGUGAGUUCGAGGUGGUCCCAGAGUGCUCGAGGGGGCCUCCUUGGUCCCCCCCGAAAGAUGCAAAAGACGGGACUCGAUUUGACCACGUUAUGACCAAGUUACGCCCCUUCAAACCCUAGAAACCCUCUUUUCUGGCUGAAUUACCGUCCUACCACCUUAAGCUGGGUCAUGCUGUUCAGCAGGGCGGUCCAGUAGGGCGCUCCUCCCGUCUUUCUUGCAUGACGGUGUGAGUGUUCUGACGCAAUUUGGAUUGGUUGUUCGGCCACCUCAUCCGCAACCAGUGAUUAUUCUGGCGCCUGGUCCAUGUAUUUGGAUCUGCCUUCCGCCCGGGGGUAAGCUGGCGAUAGUGGGGGCCAAUUGCUUCUUUUUGGCAUGAGAAAGGAAGGUUUAAGUUGAAGGGUUUGUGCAUCUCUCGACCAGCGGUCUGCCUCACGUAAGCAGCAGAAAAGGCACCAGUCAAAUGGGUUGCAGCUGUAGCUUCGAGGUAGUGCCUCAUCUGUCGGGGUAGACAGGAGCAGCUGGAAGUCGUGAGAUCGCCAAAUCAGGCCAUUGGGUCGAUUUUGAUGUUUGUGGGGUCCUAAGUCAGGAACCAAGUAGCUCAAGAUCAGCUUCUUAUAUAGCUAGCAGAAUUUGAUCAUACCUACAUCAAUAGUCCUGAAGCAAUAUACAAUUGCCGAAACGAUGCCGUCCCCGUCAGUUGCCUCCCAGGCCUCCUCCCAGCAGGCCGCCACGCAGUUCCUAAACUCUGUCCUGUCACAGCGCGGGCCGAACGCGCUCCCGUAUGCAGAGGAUGUCAAGUGGUCGAUCCGGCAGCACCUGUUGGCAGUGGUGCAGGACUACCCGGGGCUGACCGCCAAGACUGGCACCUUCACCCACAACGACGGCCGUGCCUCGCACCUGCUCAAGCUCGAGGGCACCGUCCCCAUGUUCUACCAAAACGUCAAGUACAACAUCCCCAUCACUGCCUGGCUUCUCGAAGGCUACCCCCGCCAAUGCCCCCUCGUUUACGUAACCCCCACCCGCGACAUGAUCAUCAAACCGCGGCACCAAUUCGUCGACGCUUCCGGGAUGGUCGCCGCCCCCUAUCUCCGAGAAUGGGUGUUCCCCCGCUCAAACCUAGUCGAUCUCUGCGGCACGUUGUCGGUUCUCUUUGGUUCGGACCCCCCCUUGUACACACGACCGAGCCACGUUCCCGCACGCCCCCCCCCUCCGCAACAAGGGUUCGUCGGCGUCAACCCCAUUCUCUCAGGCAACUCCUCCCCCGUGAUCGACACCCGCCCCCCUCCUUCGGGCCUCGUCACACGGCCACCAUACUCCCCUCCUUCGGGGGGUAGGUCGGGCUACGCCAGCCCACCCCCCCAGGCCACGCCGAUGAGCGGAACGGCUCGUCCCCCCACGCAAGGGGGGGGGCAGUGGACGGAUAACCCCGAGGAGGUGUUCAAGAGGAAUGCGGUGAAGAGCCUGACGGAGCGCCUGCAAAAGGACUUGGCGAGCCAUAAUAGGGAGGUCACGGGCGAGAUCGAGGGGCUGUUCUCGACGCAGGCGCUGCUGGAGCAGCGGGGGGCGACGAUCGAGGGGGGGGUGCGGGAGCUGGGGGAGGAGAAGGAGGCGCUGGAACAGGCGCUGCAGGUCAUUUUGACCAACAGCGACGUCAUCGAGACGUGGCUCAAGGUCAACGAUCGAGGUGCGGGCGAGGAGCCGGCGGAUGACAUCGACGCCGCUUUCGAGCCGGUGGACCGCUUCUCGCGGCAGCUGCUAGAGUCCUCUGCGGAGGACCUCGCGAUCGAGGACCUUAUGUAUGCGCUCGACAAGGCCGCGCAAGACGGGUCACUCGGGGCUGAGGUUUAUCUGAAGACGACACGGAAUCUGUCACGCGAGCAGUUCUUCCACCGGGCCACGUGCAUCAAAGUGCGCGCCAUGCAGCAGCAGGCGCAAGCGCAGGCGGCCGCGCCGUAUGCGAGGGGGGGUUACCGGUAGCAUGCAGGUUGGGGAGCAAGGGCCGGAUAAGCGGUUGCGUUGUACAGGAUCUGCAACAAUGCGAGUCAAAACGCGCUAUUAGUGUAGGCUACAAACCGCGCAGCAUCUUUGCUUCUAUGUCAUUGUCUACUAAAUACAGGUUCAGGCCGGAAGUUUCGCAGAACUGGCGUUCUUGCAUUGACGAACGCGCACAUACGUGAGUCUGCUCAUGGAGUCAAUCUCACGUACUGCCGCGUCGGCCCACUGCAAUAUUGGCUUGGGCUCAAGACAUGAGCCGGUUUUCUGUGGACAUCCGUCUCUAGGUGGCCCGGCAGUGUCUCAGAACAUUACAUCGACAGUCUAAUGAUAGCCGCCCUAGAAGGUGUCGAUCGUGACCGGGUAAAUCAAUUACCUAUAUAGCAUGCCGC